AUGCCAAAUAUAAUGGAAAAGUUUUCCAAGGGGUUGUUAAAUUUGAAAAAUGAAUUUAUGUAUCAAUUAGACAUAUUUGGCCAACUUCCAAGCUUCACAGUUCUCAAUAGGAAUAAAUACACCUCUUAAUUAGGCUUUGUGAUGUCACUUUUAAUAGGAACACUAUCCAUAUACUAUUUGAUUAAUGAAGUGCAAUAAAUGCUUUCGAAAUCAAAGCCCUCGAUAUAUUCCUCAGAAAUACAAGUCAUAGAGACAGAUUCAUUUUAUCUCAACAAUGAAAAUUUUACGCUAGCAAUAACAAUAGCCGAUCGCUUUUCGGAACCAGUGAUUGGAAUAAAUAGGUAUUUCAAUAUAAGCGUGAGUCAGUGUGACAGAGUGAGGAUAAGAGACCAAUCGACAGGAAAUAUAACAGUUCAAUUAAAUUGUAACGAAAUGCCGCUUGAACCCUGCAACAUGUCGCAUUUUACUACUGACCUUUAGAUAGAGUACUUCAAGACCAUCCGAUUUGGAGCAGUGUAAUGUAUUAAUCGAGAGUAUCAAUAGAAAAAUCCUCCAGUCUUAAAGGGCUUAUUCAAUGCCUUGGAGUAUAAAUACUUGUACAUCCAAUUCACAGCUUGCUUGAAUAGCAGUACUUACCAAGGGUGUGCUCCUUAGGAAGAGAUAGAAGAAGUCUUAUAGGCUGGACGUUAUAAUGUCUACAAAAGUGACUAUAUAUCCCAGCUUGAUCAGCCUGGGAAACCAUAUAAAUAAAUAAUCACAAAUGAUUUCAGUGGAUUUUCUUAUAGCACAUCAAAAACGAUUGUCUAGUCAUACAGAAUAGUACAAACAAUCACAGAUCAAGGAAUGAUUUUGGAAGAUGAAAAUGUUGAGUAAAAUAUUCAACAAACGGAAUGGAGAGAAAUAUCAGACUUUUAUAACCACUAAUAUCUUGUUCUUCACGUUAUUAAGUUAGACUUCAAACAGACUAAUAAUUUUAGAACAUAUAUCAAAUUGUAAACGAUUCUAGGAAAACUGGGGGGUAUAUUGCAAAUCUUUAUGAUGGUUGUUACCAUCAUAUUUAAACCUGUCAUAGACAAUAUGAUGAAACUAGAAUUAGCAAACUCCCUCUACAGAUUCCAGGAUUCAUCAGAAAAACAAAAUUAACGUUCAACUCAACUUUAAAUCAAUUAAUCGGAGAGAGAAUUCUCACCUCCUAACAGUCUUAAGAAGAUUGAAGGCUAAAAUAGUUAGAAGAAUGAAAAGCUCAAUAAGUCUAUGUUUGAGACAUUUCUAAUCAUUUUUGGGUUGUAGAAAGAAAAGCAUUAGCAAUUCCUGAAGGCGAGAAAAAAAAUAAUAAAGAAUUUAGACAUAGUAACAAUCCUAAAAAGAUUGUAAGAGAUAGAUAUGUUGAAGCGGAUCUUAUUUUCAAAAGAGUAGAUGGAAAUAAUAAAGAAUUUACCUAAGCCUCUGAUCGAUUAGAAACAAUUCAUUACUCAAAAUCUGAUAGAAAAUGAUAUAGAAUAAGACAAGGCGAAUUAAAUUAAUUUAUCACCACUCUAAAGUUAGUAAUCAAGGCUCAAUUACUUUCCAAAAAUGAAUACAGUUUUGUAAAAGUAGUAAAUUGAUACCCAAUUAUAACUAUAUUUAGAUCAUUGCAAUGAUUCUUAAAAAUUGAAAGUGAAGUUGUAAAACAGUUUGUUGAAGAGCCCUUCCUCACCUCUUUCUAACAGUCAAAUAAAGUGUGAUGACAUAGAUGAACCAGUUGCUUAGAAACCAAAAAAAUGA